UGGGGUGGCACCCAACCUCACAGCGGCAGCUCCCGAAACACCCCGAGACCGCGGCAGCAGCCAAAACACCCCGAGACCAUCAGCACCCUUACAAACAUCUGUGACAAGCACCAGAAGAGGGGGAAAGCGGGUGAUUCCGGGCAGGAUGCAGGGCAGGGGCACCCCAAAGCGCAGCCACGGGGCCCCGGCGUGCCCGUCCCGCUCCCCACGGCGCAGCCGCUCCCCGCCAGUUGCGCUUUUGCUUUGCUCAGCGAGGGAGGGACCCGCCGUGGGGACCUCUGCAGCCCCGCGGGGACACACCGGGACAGCCUCCGGGACAGCAAAGCUGCGGGGCCGCAUCUGUUGUUGAACCCCUGUGUUGAGAGAACAGGCUGAAAUGCCACCCAAAAGGUGACAGAGAUACAGCUCCGGUGAGGAAUUGUCCACUUGGGCACACAGUGAUGCUGUUCCUGGUCUGGAUCCCUCCUGCCCAUCCUGCAGGUGACCUCAGCCAGCUCUGACCAAGAGCAGGAGAAGGGCAUGAGGGCAGGACUGGAAUUAACUCUUCCCAUGCCAAAACUCUGCAUGAUGAACCGGUGACUGGAACCUCCCAGACGGAUUCCAGGGCUGGACUGCUCCCUUUGGAAACAAAGGAACUGUUUCCCUGUUUCCUCCUUCCCUGGGGCCACCCUGGCUGCAGGACAGGUGGGAUGGACAUGUUAUGAUGCCAGGGCUGAGCACAGAGCUGGAGCACAACCAUGAGCAACAGCUCCAACUGCAGCGAGCCAGACCUCAAGCCCUACUACGCCAUCACCUACACGGUGAUCCUGAUCCCUGGGCUCAUCGGGAACACCCUGGCCUUGUGGGUCUUCUAUGGCUACAUGAAAGAGACUAAAAGGGCCGUGAUAUUCAUGAUCAAUUUAGCCAUUGCUGACUUAUCACAGGUGCUGUCCUUGCCCCUGAGGAUUUUUUACUACCUGACAAGCACAUGGGAGUUCGGAGGAGGUCUCUGCAUGCUCUGCUUCUACCUGAAGUACGUCAAUAUGUACGCCAGCAUCUACUUCUUGGUGUGCAUCAGCGUGAGGAGGUACCUGUUCCUCAUGCACCCCUUCAAAUUCAGUGACUGCAGGCGUGUCUGUGAUGUCUACAUCAGCAUCGUGGGCUGGGUCGUGGUCUGUGUGGGCUGCCUGCCCUUCCCGCUCCUCAGGAUGCAGCACCAGGAUGAUAAAAAUGCCUGUUUUGUGGAUCUUCCCAUCAAGAAACUUGACCUCCCCACCUCCAUCACGCUGAUGACCAUAGGGGAGUUGGUGGGGUUUGUGACACCCCUGCUCAUCAUCCUGUACUGCUCCUGGAAGACAAUCUUAUCACUAAAAGAGAAGCACUCUGCUUCCCGGGACCUGGGUGAGAAGAAAAAGGCUUUAAAGAUGAUCCUCACCUGUGCCCUGGUGUUCCUGAUUUGCUUUGCACCUUAUCACAUCAGCUUCCCACUGGACUUCUUCGUGAAAACCAGGCAGAUCCAGGAGGGCUGUGUGCAGAUCUCGGUGUUCCACGCCGUGGCUUUGUGCCUCGCCAGCCUCAACUCCUGCGUGGAUCCCAUCAUCUACUACUUCACCACGGAUGAGUUCAGGAGACGCCUCUCCAGGCAGGAUCUGCAGGACAGCAUCCAGCUCCAGCACCUCAGCUAUGGCAGGAAGCAUUCCACGGAUGUGCUUGGGGAGGACACCACAGAAUACUAGAGCUGCCCUUCCCAAACAGCUGCCAGCACUUCCAGUAUUCAUUAAAUUUUGGCCUUUGCCACAAUAUUUUUCCCUCAGGACACUGAGAACAGCAACUCAAACUUCUGCUUUGGUGAAGGUUGGAAUAAACAAACAACCCUCCACAAAAAAACCCAAACUUGACCAAAAAUGUGUUGAUUUCAUACUUCAGUUGCAAAUUUUCACUGAAGAUGAAUAGGAGCAUUUCCAUUCCUCAGCUGGGCAGCAGGAGGUCAUGGACCCAUGGGAGGGGUGACACCAUGCCCCACUGUCACCCACGGCAUCACCCAGACGUGUCCUGGUCAGCAAGAAAAAGCCAAGGAUUCUGGGGUCUUGCUGUGCAGAAGGGCUUUGAUCCCAAAAAGUACCAGAAGACACAAUAUUCUCUGUUUCUGAAGCACAAGACAAUUCAGCAGAGACUGAUUCUCCAGAGAGAGCCUAGAGCCUGCUCCAGCCACACUGAACACGGAGUGAAGAGCAGAAGGUGGCCCAAACAGACUUCCCAUUUAAAUAAUUAAUGAAGACUCCUUUGGGGGUGUAGCAAAUGGCAUCACCCCAAAUCACACAGUCAGUGAAGUUUCCGCACACUAUUUUUCUGCCAUCAGUUCCCACUUCUGGAUGCAAAGACUAGGGUUAGAGCCAUGCCUUGGAUCUUGAACCAUGGGGUUGUGCUUGGAGGGUAUUUGUUUAAGCUAGGUGUCCAUCAAGCCUUUCAGGCCCUCUUUUCCCAAAAGAGGGGAAAAUUAUUUCCAUUUCACUGAUAACUGACCCACAUCCAUCACAUCCACUCCCCAUUAACAGCAGCAGGAUUCAAACAAAGAAUCCAAACCUUUCUAGAGUUUGCUGUAGUGGGAACUCCCUGGAAGCGAAAUCAAAGGUGCCAGGAGAGUUUUUUAAGAAAGGCUCAAAGGGGUCUUUUUUUAAGGGGGAUAUUUUUUAAUAAAAAGGGGGAUUUUUUUAGUAAUAUUUGCUUUAAAUUCAAACCACAGAGACUUUGGGCUUGGCUUUGGUAUUUCAUUUGCACCUUCUUGUGAAAUGUUAUUUUUCUGUGAACAUUGGAGAAGUUACUUUUGAAAGUGUAAAAUACUGUGACAGUAUCACUUUUUAUUUAUGCAAAUGUUGUUUUAUAAUUUAUAUAAGAGACAUACACAUUGUAGGAAAAUGAUUUGAAACCCAGAGAGUGUCAGAACACAAGAAGUUAGUUUUCGUUUCAAAAACAUUUUCAUAUAAUAAAAGAAAACUCCACCACCUCCUCCCUACAGGAAUCUGAGCCAGUGCCUGAUGGCUGAGCAAGCACUGAUAAUUCAUGGAAACCACAAAGUACAUUCACAGUGACAAAAAAUAAUUAUUUUUAUAUUUCCUGUUGUAUAUAAUAAAAUAAUACUUUCUAAAACUGUUUUUAAAUGUAAUUCUUGGCUUUCUCCCCCCUGCGUCACCAAAACUCACAAACAUGUGACAGCACCUGGAUUUGAUGCCUCUUGAGCACCUGCAGAACAUUUUAGAUGCUUCUCUGGAAUUAUUUUACUUCUCUUCUUGCACUGGGGAGAAAAGUCAAGGGUUUCCCAGGAUAAGGGGAAUUCUUCCAGCUGCAGGAAUACAGCCCAUC